AUGCCCAGCCUACUCAUUCUUUUCUUCAUGAUCCUGUUUCUCCUAGAGUCUGUGAUAGCAAUUAUAGAAAAUGGUUUCAUCAUCAUAGUGCUGGGUAGGGAAUGGGUGACAUGUUGGACCCUUCCCCCCGGUGACAUGAUCUUGGCCAGUCUGGGCAUCUCCCGCCUCUUUCUACAGUGGGCAGCAGUUUUUAGCAACUUCUAUACAUAUUUCUCUCCAACUGACAGAUGUUUAUAUCUUGAUAUUUUCUGGAUUUUUACUAAUGUUGCUACAUUCUGGUUUACCACCUGGCUUGCUGUUUUCUAUUGUGUGAAAAUUUCUUCCUUCACUCACGCAAUCUUCCUCUGGCUGAAAUGGAGAAUUUCCAGAUUGGUCCCCUGGCUACUACUAUGUUCUCUAUUGAUAUCUAUUUUGAUAUGCAUCAUAUUUUUUGUAAGGAAAUACCAGAUUUUCCAACAGCCAGUCACUGGGAAUUACUCAGAAAAGACCAUUUUGGAUGAUAAAAUACAUACAUUCCAGAAGUAUUUUUUCUUGCCUAUGCAAAUUUUUGUUUUGUUAAUUCCUUUUGUCUUUUUCCUGGUCUCCACCAUCUUGCUCAUUUCUUCCCUGUACCGACACUUGGGGAACAUGCAGAAUCAUAAUGCUGGUCUUCAGGAUCCAAGUAUGCAGGUCCACAUUACAGCCCUGAGGUCAAUUUUCUUCUUUUUCAUCCUCUACAUAUCAUACCUUUUGCCUCUGCUCAUCACUGCAACAGGACCUCUUUCAGUUUGCAGCUCUCAGUUUUGGGUAUGGGAGGUAGUGACCUAUGCUGGCAUCUCCAUCCAUCCUGCCUUCCUGAUUCUGAACAGCUCAAAACUGAGAAGGGCUCUGAAGAAGAUGCUUCAUGAACCACAGGCUGCAUAG